ACCAGUUUCUCCGUCUUACUUUUGUUUAUCCUUUGGUGUUUGUUUGCAACCUGCCGUUGGUCGCUACACCUGUGGCAAAAACGACCUGCAUUUCGGCAAAUUUUAUUCAAAAUAUUCUGCAUGAUUUCGAUAAAGGUUUGAUCGAAACUGAAAAGCUUCGAGAUGAGAGCUAGUUUGUGGCUGGUGGCCUUCUCAGUGGCCCUGGUGUCUUCGCAGAGGACCCAGAUGGACAGGGAGCGCGAAUUGGAGUUGCGAUGUCCGCAACACUGGACGCAAUUCAGGUCCUCCUGCUACAGGUUCAUUAAGUCGCCGAAUAGGCCGAGAAACGCGGCAAGACAGAAUUGUCAGGUAUAUGACGCUGAUUUGCUAAGUGUGGACUCUUUGGACGAGCACACCUUCAUCAUGCAGCAGUUGCAGUGGCAAGACCCUCAGCACCGGACUUGGUACACAAGUGGCAGGCAGCAAAGCCCAGGCUAUUGGGUCAACGACGGUGACAACUCGCAACUGACCAACAUCGAAGCCGCCUUUUUGCCUGACUACGAAAAUACCGUUGGAAAAGACUUUGUAGCCUAUGGGUUUGACGAAAAGUCCAAACGAUGGGGAUUUAAGAAGGUCAAAGGCGAGGACUACUUCCUGUUCAUUUGCGAGGCGCCAGUGAGCAAGUUGCACCACCUGGUCUUCGACGACCGCACUCAUGAAUACGGUUUGGAAGUCAUGGACCCUGAGAAGGUUCCUCGAGGGCCUUAUUUUGUCAAACAGCCAAGCAACGCCGUUUUUGACGAGUCGGGAAGGCGCUCCCAGCAAUAUGUCACUAUGACGUGUGUUGCAAAAGGCUAUCCGAACCCAACCUACGAGUGGUUUAAGGAGGAUUACGAGAGUGACCAGUUGGUAGCCAAGAAGAUUGACCCUCUAAAGGACUCGAGAUACACCAUCAGUGGUGGUUCCUUGAUCAUUUACAACCCAAAACAAAUACAGGACAAUGGCCUUUACCACUGUCGGGCUAGCAACAAGUACGGAGUAAUCGUGUCCGAAAGUGUCCAGCUCACUUUUGCAUUCAUUGGAGAGUUCAAUUUGAAAAGGUCACCUGAGAAGGGCCAGCAAAAUUGGGGCAAAGCCAUCUACUGUGAUCCACCUCAACAUUUUCCAAGCGUAACUUUCAACUGGGCGAGAGACUUCUUCCCCAACUUGGUCGAGGAGGACAGAAGAGUGUUUGUCUCCUACGACGGAAAUCUGUACUUUUCCGCCUUGGAAAACAUCGACAAGGGAAAUUACUCCUGCCACGUUCAGAGCAGCGUUUCCAGCACUGGCCGCAGUGGUCCUACCUUCAAUCUGGAUGUUUUGCCCCAUUCCAACUCGCAGCAGCUCAAAUACGGAAACAACUUCCCCAAGGCCUUCCCUGAAGCUCCAGUUGCUGGUCAAGAAGUUCGACUUGAAUGUGUUUCUUUCGGAUAUCCUGUCCCUUCUUACAACUGGACAAGAAAGGGAUCAAAUUUGCCUAGGACCGCAAUUCUCUCGAGCUACAACCGAGUUCUGACCAUUCCGAAAGUGAAGGUGGAGGACCAGGGAGAAUAUGUUUGCAGGACUUUCAAUGACAAGCAGUCCAUGCAAAAUUCAGUUGUUUUGACCAUUCGAGCCGAGCCAAAUUUCACCAUUCCUUUGGUGGACAAACACAUGGACAAGGACUCUGAUCUGACUUGGACAUGUGAGGCGUUUGGAAUUCCGGACGUGACCUACUCGUGGUUUAAGAACGGGGUGCUGCUCGACCCUUACAACAUCACCCACGAAGAUCGAGACAGAAUCAUCAUUGUGGACAACGUUUUGACCAUCAAAGCACUCGACCAGGAAAGAGACGAAGGAAUGUACCAGUGCCAAGCCAGGAAUCAACUCAAAACUAGCUACUCCUCUGCCCAACUCCGAGUUUUGUCUCUGAAACCCUCUUUCCUGAAACGCCCUCUUGAAGCAGAAACUUAUGCUCAUGAGGGUGGAAAUGUUACCAUUAAGUGCAACCCUGAAGCUGCCCCGAGACCGAAAUUCACCUGGAAGAAGGAAAACAACGUCAUAGGCUCUGGUGGCACAAGAAGAAUUCUAGAAAAUGGAAAUUUGAUCAUCACUAGGGUUUCAAGAGAUGAUGCUGGGGUUUAUACUUGCACUGCAAGAAAUGUCCAUGGGUCUGAUGAGAGCCGUGGACGCUUGGUUGUGAUGAGAGGACCAUCUUUCAUUCGAGAACCGCAGCAGCGAAUCUUCUCCAGCUACGGACAGAACAUUUACAUCGAAUGUGCUGCAAACUCUGAAGAAAUCCUCGACUUGGCUUACACAUGGAAACUGAAUGGACUCCAUUUGAGGGACCAGUUUAGAGAAAACUCAACCUUGAUUUUGGACGGAGGGCGUUUGAAAAUCGAAAACGCAACCUUUUCUGACGCCGGAAACUAUGAGUGCAUUGUCGAAAGCGCCGUAGGAUCGAUUGCUGCCAAAACACAAGUUCUUGUCGAUGGACCCCCUGGCCCUCCAGGCGCUGUUGACGCAAAACCAGUUGCAAGGGCGUCACCACGUUCGGUUUUGAUUUCGUGGGCUGACGGGGCCAAACACGGCAAGGAAAUAACCUACCACCAAAUUUCGGGCCGCACAAAAUGGAACAGCACUUGGAUCAUUUUGGCUGAAAAUAUAACAGCAAACAAAUUCUUCCUUCACAAGGACCGUAGAGAAUUCGAGGUCAAGGACAUCCUUUCUCCAUGGUCAGUUUAUGAGUUCAGAGUUGCUGCUGGAAACAGCAUUGGCCUGGGAAUCCCAUCACCACCUUCUCCCUAUUUCAACACCCAGCCUGACAAACCUUACGUUGCUCCGAGCAACAUUGGAGGCGGCGGAGGCAAGAUCGGAGAUCUGACCAUCACCUGGGAUCCUCUUUCCGAGGGUGAUCAGAACGGUCCAGGAAUUUACUACAAGGUUUUCUGGAAGCGAGUGGGCUCCAACACGGAAUUCCAGUCGGAGGAACUGCGGCGCCAUGGCAACAUUCGCAAGCAGGUCGUCAAGAUCCAGAGCGAGUUUUACUACACCGAAUUUGAGGUGAAAGUGCAGGCCGCGAAUUCCAUGGGCUAUGGCCCUAUUUCCAACCCGGUUGUCAUCUACAGUGCUGAGGAUAUGCCUCAGGUGGCGCCUUCGCAGGUGUCUGCACGCUCAUACAACUCGACAGCACUCAACGUCAGCUGGGUGCCAAUCGACAUGAGCAGGGACAAUAUCAGAGGAAAACUCAUAGGACACAGGUUGAAGUACUGGAAGAAGGAUGGAAGAGAGGAGGACGCUGUUUACUACCUCAGCAGAUCCACCAAGCCCCAUGCUUUGAUUGUGGGUCUGCAGCCCAACGAGUAUUACUACGUCAAGUGCAUGGCUUACAACACUGCCGGCGAAGGACCCGAAAGUGAACGAUUCCUUGAGAGGACAUUCAGGAAAGCACCACAGAAGGCGCCAACGGCCGUCCAUGUUCAUCCAGUUGAUCCGUCAACAGUCAGGAUUGUUUGGCGUUAUGUGGCUCCAGCACCUGACGAGGAACCACUCAUUGGCUAUAAGAUUCGUAUCUGGGACAUUGACCAUGAUGUCAGCACCGCCAACGACACGUAUGUCCGAAUCGGCUCCAAAUUGGAAACCUACUUGUACGACCUGACGCCCGGAAAGGCCUACCGGCUGCGUGUCCUUGCAUACUCGAACGGAGGCGAUGGCAGAAUGUCCUCGCCGGCAAUUGAAUUCCAAAUGGGCGACAAAGAGCUGCGCCGAUCCAAUGACGCCCCCGUCCUGGAGGUCUCCACUUUGCUCUUCUUCAUCUCUCUCGCUCACCAGGUGCUAUUGCGCCCGUGAACAUCCAUCCGUUUUUCAACCCCAUAUCAGCAGUUGCUUUCCAUGUAAGAUUAGAAUUUAAGAAGGUUGUUCAAAAAUUAGCCAACACGAAAAAGAGAUCCGAGGUCUGCUUAGCGAUCUGACAAAGUGAUAUUUAAAAUCGUUGAAAUUGUUGUAGUUUUUCAAUGCACUCAGUGCUUAGAAAAGGAAAAAAAUUAGGUUCAAAUUUUAAAUGAUUUUGGCCAAGUGCCUUCCCAACGUACAAUAAAAAACCCUUAACACCUGAAGUAUUUUUCUAUGUAAAAAAAAUCAAGCGGCACAAAAGGCAUUUCCAACUUUUGACGAAUUUUUAUUUCAUGAAUUGUUAAAUAUUUUUGGAUGUUGUAGCUAUAGUUGUUCAGGAAGCAUUCAUUAUUGCACAUUCCAUCAAUGUAGCUUUUAAUUACACACACAUUUUGUCCAUGUAUUGAUAUUAAUUUUUACAAAAUAUUAUAUGCAUAUUAUGAAAGUCCGUCCAUUCGCAUUGUGACUGUACUCUGUAUAUGAUUAUGACAUUAGAUUUUUACAACUUUUCUAGAAUCUCCAAUCAAAUGUAAUUUUAAAACAUUUAUGAGUAUGUCGAGGUAGUUGUUGUCAAUUUAUAUAAUGGCAGUUAUGUGCAAUCUCACAAGACAAUGAAAAAGUUAAUUGUUUUUACAUUUUUAGGCUAUAAUUACAAUAAAAAUUAUCCAUGUCCAAGUUCA